CAAGCGCCGAGCCGCCAUUGGCGGGCCCUCCCUCGCCCGCCCCGCGCGGGGACGCCGCGGCGUUACCCAGCAGGCAGCGCGCAUCCCCGAGGUCAAGAUGGCGGCGAGGGCACCGGUUUCAGGAGGUGGCCGCCUGUUAGAAAGCAUUCGUAAGUGGUAUUACAAUGCAGCUGGAUUCAAUAAGCUUGGGUUAAUGCGAGAUGAUGUAUUGUAUGAAGAUGAUGAUGUAAAAGAAGCACUGAAGAGGCUUCCAGAACCUCUUUACAAUGAAAGAAUAUUUCGCAUGAAGCGAGCACUUGACUUAAGUCUGAAACAUCAGAUCCUUCCGAAGGAACAGUGGGUGAAAUAUGAAGAGGAUAAGCGUUAUCUUGAACCAUACCUAAAAGAAGUAGUUCGUGAACGACUUGAAAGAGAAGCAUGGAACAAGAAAUAACUGUUGAACUACUUCAUGCAAAUGUCCACUUCUUCUAUAACCGUGUUUAAAAAUACCAGAAAGAAGUCUACUGGAGGCAAAUGUGAGGCUGAAGGAGUACAUAUUUCAGCUUGUUCAUUGAAUCUGUUCAUCCAAGUAAAAUAAAUGUGUCAAAGUAUAAAAUCUA